UUUUAAAUUAGACUCAAGUUACUUAUCCAAAAACUUGAGUUCUAGUUCCCAUUAUCAAUUUCGAUCCCGUUUCAACUCAGAUUGUGGCCGAUUGCUUUUAUUUUAUGUUCUUGCAGAGUGUCCGGCUCACCUUUCAUUUCGUUCCUUUUCUCAUACUCCCCCAGCACAAGAUACCUUCAGUCUGGACAUAAACUUGCCAAAAGCUGAACUUUUCAUUCAUUUAUGAGACAGCCGCCAGCAGCCUUUCCUUUUUAUCCUCUUUCGAGCCCGAAAGGUGUGGAAUAUACUUGUGAAGUAUGCUCUAAACCAGCCUACUUACAAUGUGGGGUUUGUCGAGUCACAUAUUAUUGUGGAAUAGAACAUCAAAAAGUUGAUUGGGUAGGAAUUCAUGAAAAGAUAUGUUUGGAUUUGAUAUCGUUUCGAAAACCUGAAGAAUUUGUAUUAUCAAAGGAUGGGCGCGAAAAGAAAAAUGAAGAACUUCAAAGAAAAAACCUUGAUAUGGUCCAGCUCACGCACAUGGAGGGUCAGAAACUUUUGUUUCAAGGCAAAUCAGAGGAAGCUGUACCAGCAGCAUUACAGUGUUUGAGGUUUACAGUACGUGCGUACGGGACGGCUAGCAUUGAGUUAGUAUCACCGUAUCUGAUUCUUGCAGAAUCAAGUAUUGGUCUUGGGAUACUAAAUGAAGCUGAGGCUUACUUAGCACAAGCUCAAUGGAUAGUACUUAAAGCAAAAAAUGGAUGCUCAAAUGGUAUACAAUCACAGUUAAAUCGUAAGCUUGCUUUGUUAUAUGCUGCUAAAGGUAAUUUUGAACUAGCAUUGGAAAGUUUGGCAAAAGACAUAUUUUAUGCAUCCCUCGAAUAUGGCACUGAUCAUAUUCGUACAGCUGGUGGUUAUUUUCAGAUGGCUGAAGUGUUUCAUACAAUGAGCAAACUCAGUGGCAAUAAAGAUUUCCUUAAUCAAAACUCUCAAGAAAAUUCAAUCAACUUGGUCUUCCCUUCGGUUACGCCGGAAUUUCACAAAAGAAAUAGACAAAAAAACUCUUACGACCCAUUGAUUUGUGAAGGAGAACCAAAAUGGAAUGCCAGUUUUUCAACAAACUGCAUUCAACCGCACUUAUCACAACUUCAAGUGACUGAAAACCUGUAUGCACGUGUAGUAGACAUAUGGGCUAAACAUUUAAGUGAGUUAGUAGAAAGCCUGUUAUUCAAACCUGUAAUCUCCGAAAGCAUAGAUGCAGUUGUGACCGAAAUCACUCAAGAAACCAAAAGCUACAUAGAUGAUGCACAAAAAGCUGAAGCUGAGAAAAUGUUGUAUGCAAUCGAAAAAUAUCGCCAUCAAUGUAUCAGUGAAAAUGAAUCCAGUGCAAUUACUUGUAAUCCAGUUAAACCGGAUCCGAAAAUUCAUUUGUAUUUGACUUUGUCAAUGCUAAACUAUGUUUUAGAAAGAAAAGAAAAAUCUUUACAAUAUUUGACUGAGGCUAAAGUUGCAGCCGAAUUUAUUGUACAACAUCCGAAAAUUACUGCAAGUAUUAAUUUGAUGGAACGUGCCUUAUAUGAGAAAAAAUAAUUCAAACGAAUUUCACCAAUAGUGAUUUCCAACGUAUUUGUUGUUGUUUCUUUUAAGUACAAAAAUUUAAAAAUGUGAAUUUAUCCAUCUCUUC